AGUGCGAACAUGUGGUUGCAAUGCUUGGCCGCCACGGUCCUCAUUGCCAGCGUUUCCAGCGUCGCAAACCGCGAGGUCUUCACCAACUCCUUCCUGGUCCGCUUCAAGAGAUCCCUGGACAGCGAGGAGGCGCAUGACGUCGCUCGUAACCACGGCUUCGAUAACUUAGGACCGGUGCUGGGAUCGGAUACGGAGUGGCAUUUCACCCACCGCGGCCUGCCGCAUGCUCGGCCGCGUCGCUCCAUCGCUCACGCACGUCUACUGAAGCAACAUCCUUUGGUGCAUACAGCAGUACAACAAACAGGUUUCAAGCGAGUAAAGCGCGGUUUCCGUCUACUGAGAGUUCCGGAACCGCUUCCAGCAGCUGAGCCUCGCGACCCUUACUUCCCCUUACAAUGGUACCUCAAAAACACCGGACAGAACGGCGGCAAGCCCAAGCUUGAUCUGAAUGUAGAGGCGGCUUGGGCACAGGGGUAUACUGGGGUAAAUGUAACCACCGCCAUCAUGGAUGAUGGUGUGGAUUACAUGCAUCCAGAUUUAAAAUACAACUAUAACGCAGAAGCGUCAUAUGACUUCAGUAGCAACGACCCAUACCCCUACCCGCGGUAUACUGAUGACUGGUUCAACAGCCACGGUACACGAUGCGCUGGGGAGGUGGCAGCAGCGCGUGAUAAUGGUGUUUGCGGGGUAGGCGUCGCUUAUCAUUCCAAAGUUGCCGGUAUCCGUAUGUUAGACCAGCCGUACAUGACGGACCUGAUAGAGGCCAACUCUAUGGGGCACGAGCCCCAUAAGAUCCACAUCUAUAGCGCGUCCUGGGGGCCGACUGACGACGGCAGAACUGUUGAUGGACCGAGGAACGCGACUAUGAGGGCUAUCGUGCGUGGAGUCAAUGAGGGUCGUAAUGGAUUAGGCAACAUCUACGUGUGGGCGAGCGGCGACGGCGGAGAGGACGACGACUGCAACUGCGAUGGUUACGCGGCCUCUAUGUGGACUGUAUCUAUAAACAGUGCCAUAAACGACGGACAGAACGCGCAUUACGACGAGUCCUGUUCAUCAACACUGGCUAGUACGUUCAGCAAUGGCGCUCGGGACCCCAGCACGGGGGUAGCGACCACAGACUUGUACGGAAAGUGCACCGCUACGCACUCUGGGACAUCAGCCGCCGCGCCUGAAGCUGCAGGAGUAUUCGCACUCGCACUACAUGCUAAUCCUAGUCUAACGUGGCGUGACAUUCAGCAUUUAACGGUGCUUACAUCAAAGAGAAAUUCAUUGUAUGACGCAAAGGGACGUUUCCACUGGACAAUGAAUGGCGUCGGACUCGAGUUCAACCAUCUGUUUGGUUUCGGCGUGCUGGACGCGGGCGCUAUGACUGCGCUCGCGGCCAACUGGCGGUCUGUACCGCCGAGGUAUCACUGUGAGGCUGGCUCCGUUAAUACUCACACUGAGAUCCCACAAGACGGCAGCGUCACGCUGCGCAUAGAGACGGCGGCGUGCGCGGGAAGCGGCAGCGAGGUGCGGUACCUGGAACACGUGCAGGCGGUGGUCAGCGCCAACGCAAGCCGUCGCGGCGAUCUCGAGUUCUUCCUUACCAGUCCUAUGGGCACCAGGUCAAUGAUUCUGAGUAGGCGCUCCAACGAUGAUGAUUCCAGGGACGGCUUUACCAAGUGGCCUUUUAUGACAACGCACACUUGGGGUGAAUACCCACAAGGAACUUGGACUUUGGAGGCGAGGUUCAACGGUGGUUCAGGACCGAGUUCAGCGUCAGGCUGGCUGCGAGGUUGGUCGCUAGUGUUGCACGGCACGCGGGCGCCGCCCUACGCUCAGCUGCAACCUGAUGAUCCUAACUCCAAGCUGGCCGUAGUGAAGAAAGCUCACGAGGACAACGCCUCUAGCAAAUAGAUCUUACGACUUGUUUGUUAUUGGAUUUAUUUGUUCAGCACGAAAGUGUAGGAUUGAUGAAUCUAAUUGCAAGAAAGUAAAGCUCUUUGCAGUAAUAAUUGAUAGGGAACUAGAAGCUAGUUAUUCUGACCAUUGAUAAAAUUUCAAAUGUUAACACAUUAUUACAUUAUAAUCAUAUACAUACUUUAAUAUCAUUUUGCGGUGACUCUUUGCCAACAGAUGGCCAUAGGGUUGUAGGGCGGUUUGGUGAGCUGUGUUCUGCGACACGGGACUCAAUCAAUUACUUUAUAUUGGUAAUUGUUUCUUUGCAAUACAUAAACAAAGCCAAUUAGAUCUCGACUUUCAUAAUUACUUCAACAAUCAUAAGAAAACAGACAUGUUAAAGUUCUUUAAAAUUUAAUUGUUUUGAAAAAGUUAAAAAAAAACCUAUUAUGAAAUGAUAUAACUCGUUUCUAGUUC